AUGGCAGGCAAGGACUGCGUAACAUCAGACGAUGAGUUGUCUCUAGUGUUCGAGGACAUGGAAGACGGCUCCUCUGUUGAGGGCAUGGGGAAUGCUACUCGGGGCCGAAAGGCUAUGGAAGCUGAAGAAAGAAGGAACCUAAUGAAGCGAAAAGAGCAGAAAGCGGUGAAUUUUCUUCGAGUUGCGGUCUACCUCGUGGUGGUCGUCACGGCAGUGGUGGUCGUGUUAUGGGUGUUCUUUCACACCAGAGAGGAAGAAGAGAACACAUUUGAGGUGGCAUUUGAGACGAAUGCCAACAAAUUGGCCGAGGCUUUCUUGGAUUCCGUUGACCACAAGAUUGAUGCUCUUAGCGGGCUUUCUUCGACCAUCACUAACUAUGCUUUGACCACUGGAAGUUCCUUCCCGAACGUCACUAUCGAGAACUGGGAAACCAUCAGUAUGCAGACAAGAAUCCAAGCGGACGGAAUGGUUAUCCAAUGGCUCACGUUGGUAGCGGAAGAAGAUCGAAAGGGUUGGGAAGCCUACGCAAACGACACUAAGGGCUGGAGAGAGCGAAGCUAUGCGGCUGAAAUGGAGCUGAAGAGGCUGCAAGAUGAACAAUUUGGUAUUGAAACCUUUCAAGAAGACGAUGAGCAUGCUGCCGAAGGAGAGACUAAAGAGGACGAGGAAUCAUCGACGGAUCAAGGCGGCGGUCCUAAAGACCCAAACAGAUUCUUCACUGAAAUCCACGGUUUGACAAAGGAGGGGCCAAGGCCCUUACCCGUUGGAAAUGGACCGUAUGCUGUUUCUUGGCAGAUGUCCCCCGUCAUGGACCAUAAUCACCUGCUGAAUGUGGACCUGUUCACUAGCUUCGGCGUUGGUAGUGCAUUGAACGUUUCCAUGGAGAGUCAGCAAGCGGUUCUAAGUGCCGCUGAGGACAUCCCUGGGCCUGCAAAUGAAACUGAGAAAGGUAAUAGAAAGCGUGUAUCCGUCUACAAUGAAUUCCUCCAGCUGGGACAGUUUCGCCACAACGAAGACUUCUACAAAGGUGGCCCCACGACGGCCUUGCUGUACCCAGUCUUUGAUGCCUUUUCUCCCAACCGCACUGUUGCUGGAUUUCUCUUGAUGCCCUUGUAUUGGCGACUCGACCUUUCAAAUGUUCUACCCGAAGGGCUCAAUGGAAUCAUUGCAGUUAUUCAGAACAGCCAAGGGCAGACGUUCUCCUAUAGGGUUGAUGGCCCCAAGGCAACCUUUCUGGGUGGUGGAGAUCAUCACUCCAGCAGCUAUGAUGACAUGGCUGUCUAUCAGAGCAUCGCUGAGGCACUUGAGGCGAACAACGGCCCAGAGAGCCAUGCAUAUGACGCGGUAAAUCUGAACAAAGCCUUUUGCAGCUAUUCCAUCUCUCUGUACCCUUCUCAAAUUAUGGAGGAUGUCUACGUUACGAAGGGACCAGCUGUCUACGCAGCUGCGGUGGCAGGCAUUUUCCUCUUCACUCUUGCAGUGUUGGCCGCUUUUGAUUGCCUUGUGGCACGUCGUCAGCGGAUCGUGAUGAAGAAAGCAGUCGAGAGAGGGGCACUGGUCUCCUCUCUGUAUCCCAAGGAGUUCACAGAGCAGCUCUUUCAGGAUGAGCAUCAGGGUGUAGGCAUCAGAUGGAGAGCCUCAACUGCUCCGAGUGAGGACGUCGAACGUAACAAGCCGACGAAAACCGGAGUGAUGGCUGAACGGUACGAGAACUCAACGAUACUUUUCAUGGAUCUGGCUGGCUUUACAAGCUGGUCCAGCAGCCGGUCAACCGAAGACGUAUUCCUCCUGCUUGAGACGUUGUAUUUCGCCUUUGAUAAGAUUGCAACGAAGUUAGACGUCUACAAGAUUGAAACGGUCGGAGACUGCUAUGUUUGUGUAACAGGUGUACCCAAAGCUCAAGACGAUCAUGCCGUGCGAAUGUGCAGAUUUGCAGCGGCAUGCCAAGUGAAAAUGACUCAGCUCAUUGCCACGAAACUGACAGAUCCGUUGGGUCCUGACACUUCCAUUUUGGCCCUUCGAGCUGGAAUGUCCUCGGGCCCCAUCACCGGAGGUAUACUCCGAGGUGACAAAGGACGCUUUCAGUUGUUCGGAGACAACAUCAAUGUUGCGUCGAGAAUGGAAAGCAACGGCGUUCCUGGCAAGAUUCACAUCUCGCAAAGUUGUGCCGACGAGCUGAUCCGACACGGCUAUCAAAGCUGGCUCGAACUGCGACCGGACAAGGUUUUCGCCAAAGGCAAGGGCGAAAUGACGACUUACUUUGUCAACGUCGAAUACAGCAAGAGUGUCACGACCAGGUCGUCAUUUCUGGGAUCGACCAAAGCAUCGGCGGAGGAGGCCAAUGAGUGGAGUGUUCGAGACUGGAAUCAGAAUCGAACUGAUGCGUCACCAUCAGUCGAGGAAGUGUCGAAGAAGGAAAUAAAGCACGAAAGCAAGGUAUUGGAAGUUUAG